AUGGCAUCCGUGGCAGUCUCUCCAAUUCCUUCGUCGCUCUCCUCCCCAAAUAGACUGAGUGCAUCGUCACCCGCAACGUCGGUAGACGAGCUGGAGGCGGAAUCUGCAGAAGAAACCAUUGACACAAUCAACCACCUCAUACAGGCUCGAGCCAAAGGACUUCAUGGAAACGAACCUAUUGUCGCUUACCCAUCGUCGGGUACGGAGUACACAUACUAUACUCCCAAGCAGUUGAACACCUUCGUCGAAGCCGCGUCGGUCCAUUAUGCAAAGGUCAUCCCACAGCGACGGUCUUCAGAGGAUCCUGUACAGGUUGUAGGAUUGCUGGGUCCCUCCGACUUUGAGUACAUGAUCACAUUGCUGGCUAUUUCCCGUCUGGGUCACACAGUGCUCUUGCUAUCGACGCGCAUUGCCGAAGAUGCCUAUGUCAGUCUGAUCGAAAGCACUAAGGCUGCCUUCCUCAUCACAUAUCCCAGCUUCCAGGCGGUUGGGGAGAGGGUGGCGUCGCGGACGGCCAUUGUACAGCAACCGGUACUGACGAGUGAGAACUACAAUUUCCCCGGCGCAGACACCCCAUGCUUGCCAUCAGCGCAGUUGAAUGGCAGCAUAGAGGCAAAGCAUAUCUGCUGGAUUAUCCACUCAAGUGGCUCCACUGGCCAUCCGAAGCCUAUCUACCAGACGCACUCCGGAGCCUUGAAGAACUAUGCCAACAACUUCGGCCUCCGGGGAUUCAUCACCCUGCCGCUAUUUCAUGCGCACGGUAUCAGUUGUCUCUUCCGAGCCAUGCACUCGCAGAAAUUGAUCUACCUCUACAAUGCGAAUCUACCACUGACGGCCCCGCAUCUACUGGCAACGCUCAAGGACCACCAAGAAAUCGAGAUCCUGUAUGCAGUACCUUAUGCACUGAAGCUAUUGUCCGAAUCCGACGAGGGCCUGCACAUGAUGGCCCGUCUAGAGCUGGUCAUGUUUGGAGGUUCGUCCUGCCCGAAACCCAUUGGAGAUAAGCUGGUGCAGAACGGAGUGCGUCUGGUCUCCCAUUAUGGAACCACCGAGACCGGUCAACUGAUGACUUCUUUCCGCGAGAGGGAUGAUCUGGAUUGGGACUAUGUUCGCCCGGGCCCAUCCCUGCUGCCCUACUUGCGUUGGGAGGAACAGAUGUCGGGGAUUUACGAGCUGUGCGUCUUGGAAGGCUGGCCCUCCAAGGUCGCCAGCAACCGGCCCGACAACUCAUAUGCAACGAAGGAUCUCUUCGAGAAGCAUCCGACUAAGCCCAACGCGUGGCGCUACUAUGCCCGCUUGGAUGACACCCUGGUUCUGGAGAACGGCGAGAAGGCAAAUCCACUCAUCAUCGAGGGCGUGGCGCGUAACGACCCCAACGUUGCCGAAGCGAUCGCCUUUGGGGCCAACAAGCCGCGUCUCGGAUUGUUUCUUAUUCCAGCAACAAGUAGCAAGUGCCAGACAGAUGACCAGCUAAUUGAGGCGGUCUUCCCAGCCAUCGAGCGCUGCAAUGCGGAAUUGCCGGCUUAUGCCUACCUCUCCCGCGAUAUGAUCCAUGUCCUCCCCGCGGAUGCGCCCUAUCGCAAAACAGACAAGGGCACUGUCAUUCGCGCCGCCUUUUAUCGCGAUUAUCAGGAACAAAUUGACCAGAUCUACGAUGCGGAGGAUGCAAGUGGUGACCAGGUGCUUGAGGGGGCGGAGCUGGAAGAAUUCCUCCGUGAGCAGCUACUGGAGGUCGCACCAGGUAUUGAUCCCUCUACCUUGGGUGCGACAACCGACAUCUUCAGUCUGGGUGUGGAUAGUCUGCAGUCGAUCCGUCUGCGUACGACACUACUCAGGAUCCUAGACAUCGGAGGCCACAAACUCUCCCAGAACUUUGUUUUCGAGCACCCUUCGGUGCAGGCCAUGGCGGACGAGUUAACACGCCUGCGACUGGGACAGGCACCGAAAGAGCAGCGACCGGUCGAAGAGCGGAUGACGGACUUUAUUGAAAAGUACGGCAAUCACUUCAAGCGUCAUAUUGCAGCGCCUCGCGAAGAGUCUGGUGAGCAUGUCGUCGUGACAGGCGCUACUGGAUCUCUGGGGGCCCAUAUUGUUGCCCAGUUGGCCCAGAUGGAUCAUGUCAAGACCAUUUACUGCCUGGUUCGGGCAGGGUCCCGCGAAGCAGCUUUCCGUCGUGUUCGUCAAUCGCUGCGUGCUCGUGGCCUGUCGUCUAUUAUGUCACCAGCCACCGAGCACAAGAUCAUCUCUCUACCCGCUGACCUCGCCAAUCCAGUACAUUUAGGCCUGGACGAAGGCGUGUAUAACAGACUGGUGCAGUCUGUUACAGCGGUGAUGCAUUGCGCCUGGUCAGUCAACUUCAACUGGGCGCUGGAGAGCUUCGAGUCCAGCUGCAUCGCUGGUACCCGCCAUCUUCUCGACCUCUGCUUGGACGUUCAUGGACCUCAACCAGCACGGUUUGCCUUCUGUUCAUCCGUAAGCACCGUCGCCCGGACGCCAGGCAAUUGGGUCCCGGAGGCGCUGCCAGACAGUCUAGCCUGCGCCCAGGGCAUGGGAUACGCGCAAUCCAAGCUGGUGACAGAGCACAUCGUGAACCGCGCCGCUCAUCAAGCAGGAAUCACCGCUCGGGUGUUGCGUGUGGGCCAGAUUAUCGCCGACAGCGUCCAUGGGAUCUGGAACGCUACCGAGGCCAUUCCUAUGAUGUUCCAGACAGCUGAAACCAUCCACGCCCUGCCGCAGCUCGAUGAUCUCCUCUCCUGGACGCCUGUAGAUGUCGUGGCGACCAGUGUGAUCGACCUGACCAUGGCAUCCAGGGCAGGCGAAGUGGUCAAUCUGACCAACCCACUGUUGAGCCACUGGACAAGAGACUUGCUUCCUCUACUCCGACAAGCUGGGCUAGAGUUUGAGGAGCUCCCCCGACGUGAAUGGCUGCAGCGGUUGCGCGAGUCUAACCAGGAUCCCAAUGUCAACCCGCCCAUCAAGCUGCUCGAAUUUUUCGCCAGCAAGUACGACCAUGACAAGCCUAGUCGUGUGCUGCUGUACGAUAUCAAGCAGGCCGUAGCUGCUGCGCCUGCUCUACGCGAGGCUGGCGGAAUCACCCCCGAGUUGGUCAGCCGGUUCGUCCAAUACUUCCGCACUCACUGCUGGUCCACGUCUACGGGCGCAACCACCACCGCAGCACCAGCACGCGAAGUCAUCUUCCUCACCGGACCAUGCGGAUGCGGCAAAAGCACCGCUGCGCAAGCACUGGCACAGCGAUUCGAGAUCCCGGUGAUCGAAGGCGACAACCUGCAUUCGCCGGCCGCGCGGGAGAAGAUGGCUAAUGGGAUUCCGCUGGAGGAUCGCGACCGGUGGGACUGGUUGGCGCAUAUCCGAGGGGCAGUGAUGGAUCGACUGCAGCAUACCACUGCGCCGGCUGUUGCUGUAACUUGCUCCGCACUGCGUACUGUCUACCGUGAUGAGCUGCGACGGUUGUCUCAGCUGUUGGACUUCCCUGUUACAGUCACCUUUCUGCUCCUGUCUGUUGACGACCGGGAGACAUUGAAGGAGCGUAUGGUUGCACGGCUGGCUAAGGAAGAUCAUUACAUGCGCUCAACAAUGGUGGAUUCCCAGCUGGAUAUUUUAGAGCAGCCAACGCUGUCGGAGGGCGAUGUGCUUACGGUAGACGCGAGUCAGGAUAAGGCACAGAUGCUGCAGCAGGUGGAGGAAACUGUACGGGAAUUGUUGAAGGCGUAG